UUGAUUUUAGCAAAGGAAGAAAAACUACGGCGGUUGCGAUGUGCCACACGUGCCUGCGAUGCGUUAUGUGUAGUGAUCUCACGGACAGAAGAGGAAAAUGCUCGAAUGCGGUCCCAACUGGAAGAGGCAAACGAAAAAAUAGCUCGGCAGUCAGAAAUUGUGGAUGAAUUGCGUGCCCAUCUAGCUCAACGAGAAAAAUUACAUCAUGAGGAUGUGGAGCGGCACAGGAAUCAUAAUGAUCAAGUAACCCGAUCACAUGCUGACACAGUUCAACGGCUCAAGGAGCGCUAUGAGCAACAGUUGGCAGAAAAGACGAAAGAAAAUGAACGGGCUCUGGAAGAUGAACGAAGUCGUCAUGAAGCCGAACUGGAUGCGAUGAGUAGGCGUCAUCAAAAGGUGGUGAUCUCAAUGGACGAGAAGAUUGCCGAAGGUGAGAAACUGAUUGAACAGUUGACCGCCGACAAGAAAGCCUUGCAGACUGCCUUAGCCAACGACAGUGAUCAGCGUAAUCAGGUGAACUUUUAG